AUGCUUCCAAAGAAACAGUAUUUAAUCCAACGUCUUGGUGAAUCUCGUUCAAUUGCACUAAGAAGAUUUAUGGAACUGGAGAGACGACUGGAGACUAAUCCUGCGCUUAAGAAAGCUUAUUGUGAAUUCAUUGAAUAUUUAGAUCUAGGGCACAUGCGUGAGAUCCCAGUACAGUUAUGUCAAGUAGAGUCAGCUCCAUUCCCAUACAACUUGCCGCAUCAUGCUGUUCUGAAACCUGAUAGCAGCACUACCAAACUUCGUGUAAUAUUUGAUGCAUCGUGUGCGUCGAUGUCCGGCAUUUCACUCAACGAAGCUUUAAUGGUAGGCCCGGUGGUCCAAGAAGACUUACUCUCAACGGUUUUCCGUUUUCGGAUACAUAAGUACGCCCUAGUAGCGGAUAUAGCUAAAAUGUAUAGAAUGAUCAAUAUGGUUGAGAGCGACCAUCGUCUUCAAAGAAUUUUAUGGAGAGAUUUUUCAUCAGAACCAAUUCGAACAUUCGAACUUUCGACCGUCACCUACGGAACUUCAUCAGCCCCGUAUCUUGCAACCAAAAGCCUCCAGCGUCUAGCAGAAAAUGAAGCCCAACGGUAUCCGAUGGCAUCAAAAAUACUUCUGAAGGAUUUCUAUGUGGUUGAUAUGCUAUCGGAUACGGAUAGCAUAGAAAACGGCAUAAAGUUAUAUGAUGAGUUAAAUCAACUCUUGGAGUCUGCGGGUUUUACUCUCAGGAAAUGGAGCUCCAACAGUUCGGAAAUAUUGGCAGUCAUUCCUGACUCAUUGAAGGUCGACCGUACAUCAUUGGAACUAGACUCGACAACGGCGACCAUCAAAACAUUAGGUCUCUCGUGGGAACCUCGAUCGGACAACUUUCGAUUCUCUGUGCCACAGUGGAAUGAUUCCACUGAGAUCAACAAGCGUAUUAUCUUGUCCAAUUUCGCUCGCCUUUUUGAUCCUCUCGGAUUGGUAGGACCAGUAGUUGUCCAAGCUAAAAUUUUUCUCCAAGAUCUCUGGAAACAGAAAUGCUCUUGGAUGGAACCACUUAUCGAAGAGCUUCAGCAUUGGUGGCUGAAAUUUCGUCACAGCUUAGCUGGAUUGUCUACCCUCAAUGUUCCUCGCUGGCUGGCCUUUAACAACGAUACGGUUUCAGUCGAAAUCCACGGUUUUUGUGACGCUUCAGAAAAAGCGUACGGGGCGUGCGUCUAUCUUCGAUGUACGACGGUUGACGGUCAAAUAACGGUUAGGCUAAUCACAGCAAAAUCCAGAGUCGCUCCAUUGGAUGAUGUUCUACGCAAGAGGAAGAAGAUGACCAUUCCUCGAUUGGAAUUGUCAUCCGCACUGGUACUAAGCCAUCUCUACGAGAAGGUGGUUGACAGUCUUCAAGUAUCAGCUCAACCGUAUUUUUGGACGGACUCCACAAUUGUCAAGUGUUGGUUAUCAUCGUCACCAGCCCGUUGGCAAUUGUUUGUGGCGAACAGGGUGUCAGAAAUCCAACAUCUGACCCAAGCAGGUAUUUGGAAUCACAUCGCCGGUUCGGAAAACCCGGCCGACGUCAUAUCACGCGGAAUGACCCCUGAACAUUUAGCAGAACAUCAAAUGUGGUGGUACGGACCAGCAUGGUUACACAAACCACGAAAUGCGUGGCCCAAAACAGCGUUACUGGACACAUCAGAGUAUGAUAAAUCGUUGCUGGAAGAAAAAGCUGUUGUAGCUACUCUAGCUCAACCUCGUCCACCCAAUGAAAUUUUUAUGCUGCGAUCAACAUUGACAGCUCUCGUUCGCAUUACAGCGAUGUGUCGCAGAUUCGCCUCUAAUUGUAGAAAUCGCAACAAUAAGAGAGUAGGAUACAUUUCAUAUCCUGAACGUGAAGAAGCUUCAUUGGAACUCGUGAAAAUCGCUCAACAAGAAAGCUUUGCUGAAGACAUAUCUCAGUUGACGCUCAAAGGCGAAGUGAAUCCGUCAUCCCGUCUAAUCUCGCUGCGUCCUACUCUCACUGAUGGACUCAUUGUUGUAGGUGGUCGGCUUGAAAAUGCUCACAUUUCCUAUAGUAGGAAACACCCUAUGAUCUUAGAUAACCAUCACCCACUUACACUUCUAAUAAUAACUCACUAUCGUGAGCCAACAACUCUUAAUAGCCAGUAUUCGAGAACGGUUUUGGCCACUCCGAUUGAGGAAUUUGAGUAG